AUGCCCGAAACCUUUAUAAGAGCCUGGGUGCUGUUGCUGUUUGUAGAAGCUCGAGCACUAUCCAUGUCUGGAACAAUGGUUGGUCUUUAUGGGAUACCCUGGUGUAAGAAAUCCCUGCUGUUAACCGUCUUGAUGUCAGUUAUUGGAGCUUCCAUGGGAAUUCUAGACACAGGCGGCAAUGUACUGGCACUGAAUACCUGGGGAGCGGAGGCUGGGCCACAUAUGCAGGCCUUACACUUCAGUUUCGCUGUCGGUGCGUUUGUGGCUCCAAUCCUGGCUAAAAUGGCCUUGGGAGGCUCCGACUCCAAAGACCUUCCAGUAGCUGAAAAGACAAACCAGUCUGUCCCGAGGUCUGUGCUGACGGCGUCAGCUGCAUCAGCUGCGUCAGCACUGAAACACCAUCUUGGUGCAGACUUUUUGUGGUCCUAUGUUGUCAUAGGGACCUAUCUUCUGUUUGUUUCUUUCUUCUUUUUUGUUUUGUAUUCAAAGGGCAGCUCAGCGCGAGACAAAUCAAAGGCUGCUUUGCAGAAGUGCGUGUUUGCCAAAUACCACUAUGCCCUUCUUAUUCUCCUCUUCGUAUUCUUCUUCUGCUACGUGGGAGCGGAGGUCACUUACGGCUCUUACAUAUUUACUUACGCAAAGGUCUUUGCCGAGAUGAAAGAAAACGAAGCAGCCGCUUUGAAUUCUGUCUUCUGGGGUGCGUUUGCUGCCUGCAGAGGGGUGGCAAUAUUCUGUGCUGCGUGCCUGUACCCUGGCACCAUGAUCCUGCUCAGUAUCAUAGGCUCCGCUGUCUCCUCUUCCUGCUUGGCCUUCUUUGCCACGUACCCGGCCUCCCUGUGGGUUGGGACCGCUGUGUAUGGAGCGUCGAUGGCCACCAUCUUUCCCAGCGGCAUUUCCUGGAUAGAACAGUACACGGUCGUGCAAGGAAAAUCGGCUUCUUUCUUCGUGAUCGGCGCCGCGCUGGGCGAGAUGUGCAUUCCUGAAAAACUUCAAGGGAGGUUUCGCCACGUUCCUGUGGUGAUGUACACUGCCUGGGUGACCUCUGCCGUGACGGUUAUCCUCUUCCCCCUGAUGUACAAAUUGGCCAACUCUCCCGGUGAGAGCCACUUGAAAGAAAUGAGCGAGAGUGAGGACCGGAAAGCUUUGCUGUCAAACUCUGGGCUUAACGAGGAUGAAGAGGAUGAGGAGGAUGCGGGAGAGUGGAAUGAAGCAGACUUUGAGGUAAUAGAAAUGAAUGACACGCUGAGAAACUCUGUGCUGGAGACCUCCCGUAAGAUACCUGGGGACUCCCCAGCCAAAGUCUCUCUCCAGCCCCAUCUGGACAGCAUACUGCACGAUUCUCCAGCAGUCGCUGGUGGCUCCCCUGGGAGAAAAAGUGUGAAUGUUGACCGGGAGAAGAAUGAUUAAAGCACAAGCUGACUUUUUUUUUUAAAAAGCGAAAUGCGAGUGAAUCGUAGAAGUGGUUCAAGAAUCCUUUCGUAGUGGUGCCGAGCUCAGCACGUUCAUUUCUGUGUUUGCUCGGCCCUUCCCCCUUUUCAUUUUCAGUCUGCAGCGAUGUCUCUCGGAGUGGGAAGGUCCCCCAUGACGUGACUGGGGUAGCGAUACAUCAAAUGAUACGGACUAUAUGAUAAAACGUACAGACUAUACCCAAAAUGUUAAAAUGUAAGAGACAUUUUCUGAUCAUGAGGCAUGCAUUUAAGUAAUAUGUAGUAAGAAGUAACUAGGAAAGAAAGGGACUGCUCAGACCACUCAGUUUUUCGGGGGUGGGUGGAGGGUGCAGUUCUGAGGUGCUUGGUCACAAAAUGUUUUCAUGAGAGAGGAGAGGUAUCUGUUAUCUGUGAUCCUGAGCUUAUCUCGGGGAAAUAAGGAUGUUUCUACUGCACUGAAAUUUGCAUGUGACACAAAUCAGGAAAUCAACUCAAAUUUCGAGUGAUGCCCAGCGGCUGUAAAUCGGAUAAUCUGCUGGCAAACAGUGUAAUUUUCUGUCACUAAGAUGAGAAGAAAUGAAAGAUUCAUUUUUAGGAGUGGAACCAUGCCUUUGGGUCUUUUAAACGCAGUGUAUGGGAAGGGGGACAAAAUGGGUCAUAAUAAUCCGCUGUAAUGCUUGCCUCCGAUUUACUGGCUGAACAGUGGUGACAAAUCUAGAUAGUCUAAAGUGCUUGUGAUUGUAGUUGUGAUUUUGGUUACUCACUGAAAUCAAGAAAUGUAUGAAGAUGAUACAAUGGUAUGUAAGCAGAUUUCUUAAUACAUGGUAUUGACAUAGGGCAGUGAUAUUUUUAAGCCAGCUGUUUAAAUUCAGGGUGUAACACCUUUUUCUGGCUUCCUGUGCCAAGGCUUUAACGUAGUGAUGUGUUAAAAAUGAAAAUUUGAGAAUGAGAGGUCAUUACCGGUGAGGCGGGCCUGUCGGGUUGUACUGCGCGAUCGCUUGCCCCUUGCCAGUCGGACUGGUGCCACUGGGGUUUCGUUUCUUUGGGUGACGACUUGCAGGCAGAGUCUUCCUAGCGGAGGAGCAGCAGUUCGCGGUGGCAGCUUCGCUGCUGCUAAGCAGGAAGAGCUGGGAAGGCCCCGUUCAGGCUGGCCAGCCCUCCCCAGUGAGAGCAAAAAAAAAGCAGCAGCUAACGGCGAAAGUCUGGCGCAGAAGGAGAAGUCUUGCAAUUUGCCUGCUUGAAACUUGAAUUUGUAGGUUAAGUAAUUUAUUUUUUUUUUAAGGCUGCCUGAUCAGAAGGUGCUCA